CAUACGUCUAGCGUUCUAACAUUCUUGUAUUAAGGAAAAAGAAUAAGGAUAGGAUGGGAAUGAGAAGGAUAAAUAAAUACUUUUUUUAUGAACUGUUUUUAGAUCAAUAGAGAAAAAUAAUCACAAAAAAUAAUAUUCCGAACGGAAUUAAACCAUGUCAAUAACAUGUGACACAUUUUUCCAGAUGAGCUAUCGGGGCCAAUGAAGUAUAAUAAGAAACAUUACAGAAUAAAUAUAUUAUAUGUGUAUAUGCUUCAAGAAUUUUUCAAUAAGCAAAGUAUUAAAUAAUUUAUUAUCGUUAUUUAAAUAAGAAAAACGUUCAUUGAAAAGAACAAAGGACGUGUGAUGACACAAAUAAACGUAACUUUAUUCUUCACAAAUUAUUCGUCUGGUAAUUAUUGGCGUUCUGUAGCUUAUUGAUAUGCUUAUUGACUUUCUUAAUUAGUUUUGGCGAUGGUUCAAUAGAAAUUUUCGAAUCAAUAACGGGCAACUUCAGAAUUUUAUUUCAUGCAAAAAACUGACCUCACUACCUGAUAUUUAUAACUAGUUUCGGAAAACAAUGUCAAGAACUACAUUGUUGUUUCAUCAGUAAUGGAACAGAAAUGAAAACAAUGUGGCAAAAACAAAUUCCAUGCAUAAAAUAAUGUUUUGUUUGUACGAACGGUAUUACCUUGACUGGAAUUAGAACUGUUUAUAACAACAGUUACUGACCGGUCCUCGAUAACAUGUUUAUGCAAUAAAAAUAAAUCGAUUGAAGUAUUUCGUAGGGCAGCAGAGCUCGUUAAAGUAUCACGCGUUCUCUAGCUCGCAGCAACGAGCUUGUCGACAGUAUAUAAGCCUCGAUUCUCGGACAAAUGCUCAUUCACUGUCGACUUUGACGAGCGUGAUGCCGACAAUAAAUGAUAAUACUUUGGCCGAAUCAUAUAUUUGAGGAUUCACAUGAUACUAAAAGAAUAACUAAACAGUAGUGAGGAUCAGGAUACAUUACUAUUGAUAUGACAGAAAAGUUUUGAAGACUUAAGGUACGAUUUAGUUUCCAGUUUAUUUGAAAUUCAUUUAUGAUUUUCCGCCCGUUCGCAUUGAGGCCUCUCAAGGGCAACUGAUAUAGUAAUAAUUAAAGUACUUUGCUGACUAUAACGUCAUAUAUUUGAGUUCAUGAGUCAUGCGAAAUAUGUGAUUCUAGUUUUGUUUCUUUUCUUUUUAGAUGAAACGCAUUGGAAAAUUUAAGUAUUAUGUGAUACAAUUUUUGAAAUUACCCUACGAAGGUAUUGAUAAGUAUGUAUGCAUACCGUGGUCAUGGAUAGUAAUGCCUAGACAAAUGGAUCAAAAAGUAAUAGUAUCGUAUCCUGUCGAAAAUCCAUCAGAAACAGCUAAGCGUGUUAAAAGAAGGCAAAGAUGUUCAGAAGAUUGGAAUUUAUAUUUGUCUCUUGUGGAAUAUGGCACUGAUGAUUACGAAGACGCGGAAAUUUUUAUCAAAGGAAAGAUAAAUGAUGUGUACUAUGAACAUAAAUGCUCGAAUCCAAAGAAUGGAGAUCAAGAAUUACUGACGAUGGUGAAAAAAAAAACACGCAGACCUAAACGAAACUCGAAUUCAAAUAAUGAGAUUGACAAACCUCUGAAUUUAGUCGUAACCUCGAAAAAGGAUGACAAAUCUGAAACGAAAAAACUAAAACGAACGACGCUGCCUACCCCAGACAUAGAAACUCCUUCGAAACGGUCAAAAGUUGUUGAGCCAAAUGAAUCUGUUAGUGACGCCGCAGAACAGCCGAGUCAAGCAUCCGAAUGCUUGAGUGAAACUCAACCCUCACCAACUCGUGAAGAUUUUCCGAUUCAAAAUUUGUGUUCAUCAGAAGUAAACGUUGACGAAUCUAACGACAGAAGUUGUGUUGAAGAAAUAGAGCCCGUCGACGACAGUGAGCAGGAGCGACCAUCUGUUAUUCAGAACUAUUCGAAAUUAACGAAUUCAUUGUUAAAUCCUCAACCUAUGCUUGACCCCACAUUUUUCAUAGAACUUCUUACGGUCUUACGGAAUCUGCAUGCAGUUUCUGCUAACUCAUACACCCUGGUAAAUAACUUACGUCAAAUAAUAAUUGAUAAUACAGCAACAUUGAAAGAUCUAAAACAGUUAAUCGUCAAUAGCCGUAGUCCAAACAGCGAUAUUCCGACUACAUCUCGAUCAACAAACAUUACAGUGGAAGUUGAGGAGAUAUCCGAAAAAAACAACAGCAAUCAAAAGCAACGAGAUGAAGAAUACAAUGACCAUAGUGAUAAUGAGACUGAUGAAGUUCCUAAGAAAAAACGUUAUCAAAAGCGAAAAUUUGUUUUACCUCCAGAAUACGAUGAAAAUGACUCAAGAUGGACCUUAAAGCAUCGUCAAAUGGCUCCGGGACUUGUAGAAAUCAUGCCCCAUACCAAUGUCUACAUCAAUGCCAUAAAACUUAGUAAUUGCAAGAGAUUGUCAAAAGAUUGCAAAUCAUUGGCUCGAUUGUUAUUGGUCGAAAUUUUUACUAAGAGUGCAUUGACCAUCUGUUCAUUAACCGGGUCAAGAGCUAGAGCUUACGAUGUCGAAGGAGCAACUAUCAGACCAGGAUUAGAUGAAAAUGCAAGAACAGUGUUGCUCACAUAUGUUGAAGAGUACGGCCGUGAGAAAGGUUGGAUUACAUUAGACACUCAAUCUAUUCAGAACAGUAUUCGUAAUAAAAUGCAAGAGUUUAGAUUUAAAUAUGGAUAAUAAGUUUGUUAUUGCACGCAGCCAUUAUUAGUAUUAUGUAAACAUUUACGGGUAUUCGUUUUAAGUGUAUUCAUUUACUAAGAACUAGUUUGUGUUAUUAAAACAUUAUUUGCAGUCUUGUAAUAUAGUUAUCUGAAUUUAAUCUAUGAAUAUAAUUAGUAAGUUCCGAUGUU